GGGUAUUACAGCAACGGAUAUUCUACAAAAAAAAAAGAGAAGGAAAAGCAAGAGAAAUAAAUAGGAAGAUCCUUGUUAGUAUUGGAUUUAGGGUUUGGAGAGAUGGUGGAGUUUUUGGGAAAAGAAUACGGAUAUGUGGUGAUAGUGGUGGUCCUUUACUGCUUUCUCAACUUUUGGAUGGCUUUCCAAGUGGGGAAAGCUCGCAAGAAGUAUAAGGUUAAUUACCCAACCCUCUACGCUCUCGAAUCUGAAAACAAAGAUGCCAAGCUCUUCAACUGUGUUCAGAGAGGGCACCAGAACUCACUGGAGAUGAUGCCCAUGUUCUUCAUACUGAUGGUAUUGGGAGGGAUGGGCCAUCCUUGCGUCUGCGCUGCGGUGGGGCUACUCUACAUCGUUACCCGUUAUUUCUACUUCACUGGCUAUGCCACCGGAGAUCCCCAGAACCGUCUCAAUAUUGGGAAAUAUGGGUUCUUGGCGUUGCUGGGCCUCUUGAUAUGCAAUCUUUCAUUCGGAAUAAAUCUGCUUCGACGAUGAUCGAGAUGCUCGCUCGCACAGACCGUCUUUCUUUUACUGAACUCUCAAUUAUGCCAAUAAAAUAAAUAAAACAAGUUUUUAAUCUUCGGUCUUUAGUUUUCUGUACUGAUCUGAUGAGUUACGUAUGUUCGAUCUUUGACGUUUUCAUUUUUAGUUGAGGUCUGAUGUUGUUGACAUUCAUGAAUCAAUCCCUUGCUUUCCGGUCCA